AUGUCGAUAACAAAUUUAAGUAGGAGUGGAACACAGACGAAAACAUUUAGAGAACUGCUAUGUUCCCCCUCUUUGGUGGGUGGGCUUCAACAAGAAUCAGUUUCUUUCGCAGCAGUCAACAUUCUCCUCUCCAUCACAACAUUUCUUGGGAAUUCUCUUAUUCUUGUUGCCCUUCAUAAAGAAUCUUCCCUUCAUCCGCCGUCCAAACUCUUGUAUCGUUGUCUGGCAACAACUGAUCUGUUGGUUGGUCUUGUUGCUCAGCCUCUCCAUGUUACUUAUUGGAUGUCUGUCGUUCACGAACACUGGAGCCUUUGUUAUUACGCAGGUGAAGCAGCCUACAUCACAGGUGCAGCAUUAUGUGGAGUUUCUUUGCUGACGAUGACGGCAAUAAGCGUGGACAGACUUAUCGCCCUGUUGUCGGGGCUGAGAUACAAAGAGAUUGUAACUUUGAAGCGCAUUUAUAUCAUUAUAGCUAGCUUUUGGGUUUUAUGUCUUGUCGCCUCUUUAUGCACCAUUUUCGAUCAGCGAAUAACCGCUUUGUAUGCCUUGAUAUUGGUACCACUUUCGCUGCUUAUUUCACUCGCCUCGUGCACAAAGAUUUUACGCACUCUCAGACAUCAUCAGGCACAAGAACAAAAUCAUAUUCAACAACAGCCGAGCCAACCAAAUGCACUGAACAUGGCGCGAUACAGAAAGGCAGUGCACAGUGCACUUUGGGUAGAGUUAGCAUUAGUUGUUUGCUACACACCAUUCUAUAUAGUGAGAAUUGUUGUCACUUAUAGCACAACAUACUCAUCACACUUUGUCGUCACAAUGGAAAUGGCAGCUAUCCUUGUUUACUUUAACUCGACGUUAAACCCGUUUCUUUACUGCUGGAAGAUAAGUGAAGUGAGACAAGCAAUGAAGCUGAUAAUCAGACAAAUACUUUGCUUUCCAUGGAGUUAAACCAUCCUCGAGUUAUACAUGAUCGUAUAAGUACUUUUAGUGCAAAGCUGACCGAUAGAGAACGCUUAAAUUUUUGCUCGAGGUCUGUCGAUACUAGAUACUGCUAUGUUCUUCCUCUUUCGUGGGGAAUCUUGCCUGCAUCCGCCGUCCAAACUCUUGUAUCGUUGUCUGGCAACCACUGAUCUGUUGGUUGGUCUUGUUGCUCAGCCUCCCCAUGCUCUGUGUUGGAGGUCCGUGGUUUAAGAGCAGUGGAGCCUUUGUCGAUACGCAAGGAAUGCAGGCUACAUCACAAGCAAUCUAUUGAUUUUAGUGUCUUUGAUGACGAUGACGGCCA